AUGCACAACGACGCAGCAGGUGAUGCGGUACGUGAAGGCGGCAAUAAGACUUGGUACGAAUUGGAACGGUAUCUGCGCGAUGAACCCAAGUUGCAGUCAUACAAAAAGAUUCAUGAACUCGACACAGCAUGGGAUCUGCUGUCGGCGCCGGCGCGCAUCUUCGAGGAACUSAAAAUCAAAGAACAAAACCUCGACUCAGUCUCCACAACGUCUUCAGUGUCCUCGACAUGUUCGGGCAUGUCAUGGGAUAGCAGCGGCACGCAGGCCUUGAGUUGUUCGGUGGUAGUCAAACAAGAGCGCAUCGAUGACGACGAGGAUGAGUUGCACUCAGAUAGCUGCGAGGAGAAGUACACCGCUUCUGCGUUGGCCACUUCACUGGGCAAUGCCGCCGCCACUUCGCUAGCGUACUCGCCAUGCGGCUCCACAUCGAGCACGCCGACGCCGAUCGUUGGCACCAUCAAUGCGGCACAAAUUGGCACGAGCCUAUCGGCGGUGUCGGAGAAGGGUAUCAAAUUGCGUGUGAUCGCUACAAAGGCGCACAAUAAGGGAGUUAGCAGUCGUGCCAAUAGCAUUAAUGUGAGCAUCAGUAGUGGCCAUAAUAGCAACAAUCAAAGUAGCAACAACAGCAACGGUAGUGGCAGCAGUAGUAGUAGCAGCCCGCAGGAUUAUAUAUUGCCGACCUUAACACCGCCAUCAUCACCCGAAUCGAUACGAACCAGCAUCACAAACAAUACGCAACAACAACAGAGGCAGCAGCAACAAAUCGAUGCUAGUACUAUGAGUGCUACCGAACUGGCUACACUUAUACAACAGCAACAGCAGCAGCAACAACAACAGCGCAUCGGUCAGUCGCAAUAUUCCGCUGCAACGCCAACUUCUACCGCCAUACUACGCUUCUCCAGCGCCGUUACGACACUGGUCAAUAGCGGUAAGAAUCCUACUCUGACGUCGACUACAGUUCCUCUAUUACAACAGCAACAGCAAAACCUGCAACAACAACAACAACAACAACAACAACAACAGUCGCACUUAAGUAUACAAACUGCCAGCGCCGGCACAAAUACCGAGCCGCAUCCGCCGUCAGUAGCCCAGUCACAGCCAUCAACAUUGUCUUCGUCGUCAGCCUCGUCUACGGUCCACUCCAACAUUCCGCGCAGCACCAUCGUUCGUCUGACAUCGGCGAAUGGCACAAAGAGUGGAGCCAUUAGUUUGGCGCGUGUCAUACAAAUGCAGAAUAGCGGCAGCGGAAGUGUGGCMGCAGCGAUGUUGAAYGCGUCAGCCACAUCCAAACAGCAGCAACAACAAAUGCAACAACAUGUGAUGAAUAUGGCGGUGACAGCAGCGCAGAUUGCCCAGCGCGGCACACAGCUGCAAAAUCCGCAAGUAACCACAUUGACUACCAAGACCCACCAGCGACACGAUCACAGUCCAGAUGCCAAGCGUCGGAUACACAAGUGCCAAUUUUUGGGUUGCAAAAAAGUAUAUACCAAAAGCUCACAUCUCAAAGCACAUCAGAGAACGCAUACCGGCGAAAAACCGUACAAAUGCUCCUGGGAGGGGUGUGAAUGGCGCUUCGCACGCAGCGACGAGUUGACGCGUCAUUACCGCAAACACACGGGCGCCAAACCUUUCAAAUGCCGCAACUGUGAUCGCUGCUUCUCGAGAUCGGACCACUUGGCGUUGCAUAUGAAGCGCCACAUGUAAAAACARUUUACAACAAACAACAAAUGAAGCAACAACUGAGUAAACAUGACGCAUGAAGUGAGCAAACUGAAAAUGUAUCGUCAAAAAACAGCAAAAGUGCAAAUGUAUUGAGACUAGCUGACAAGCAGUACAUAUGUAGCAGAGUAACUAGUUUAAAGCAAAAAAAAAAAAAAAGAAUAAA